AUAUCCUUUAGGUGUCAUUAACUGCAAACCUCUCAUUCGUUUGUAUGCCUGCGUUUGGCUUUUUGUGUGUAUAUGGGUGACGGUGUGUGUGUGUAGAUGUCGUGAAUUCACACAACAAAUAAUAGCCAUCAUUGCUGACCAGUGUCUAGGUCUCGUUUAAAUCAGUCAAUCCAACACCCAUCUAAUAGAUUUUUAAAGCAGUCGAAUCAACGAAAGACACACUUCACCCAUGAAAUAAACAUGGCACAGCCUAAUGGUGAUCCACUGAUAUUUUAUUGCAACGGGAAAAGGGUUGAAGAGCAUGACCCUGAUCCAGAGAUGACAUUGCUCACUUACCUAAGAACAAAGUUGGGUCUAACAGGCACGAAGUCCGGCUGUUCUGAAGGAGGAUGCGGGGCAUGUACGGUGAUGGUCUCCAAUUAUGAUUCAAACUUGAACGUGAUCUUCCAUCGUGCAGUGAAUGCUUGUCUUGCCCCUGUUUGUUCAGUCCAUGGCGCAGCCGUCACAACCGUAGAAGGUAUAGGGAGCACAAAGACAAAGUUACACCCCGUACAGGAACGGAUUGCUCUGGCCCAUGGUACUCAAUGUGGUUUCUGCACUCCAGGGAUGGUGAUGUCGAUGUACACGCUCCUAAGAAAUAAUCCUCAUCCUUCUAUGGAAGACAUUCAAGCAGCACUAGGAGGAAACCUAUGUAGAUGUACAGGUUAUAGACCAAUCCUCGAAGGGUACAAGUCAUUUGCUAAGGAUGGUGGUUGCUGUGGAGGGCAGUGUGGGCAGCGUAACGACACUGAUGAGGUACCUUGCCGAUUAUAUGAUCCAACCACAUUUACACAGUACGACCCAACGCAGGAUAUCAUAUUUCCUCCAGAGCUUUUGCUAUCUACAGCGAAAGAGAAUAAGAGUUCACUGACCUUUGUAGGAACGAGGGUGACCUGGCAUCGACCUUUGACCUUGAAUGAACUGCUUGACCUGAAGACAAAACACCCGACCGCAAAGUUGAUUGGUGGAAAUACUGAGAUAGGUAUUGAAACCAAGUUUGGAAACAAACUUUAUCCCAUACUGAUUGACGUCAACCACAUCAGAGAAUUGAAGGAGUUAACGGUUAAAGGUGAUGGUGUCUUGAUUGGUGCUGGCGUCACUCUUAACGGAGUGGAUACCUUUUUGAAAGAGAUCAUCACUCGUGAACAAAAUUUCAAGAAAAUAGCACUUGAAGCAAUAGUUGAGAUGCUCCGCUGGUUUGCUGGUCGACAAAUUAGAGACGUGGCUAUGAUUGGCGGGAACAUCGUGACUGGUAGCCCUAUAUCAGACCUCAAUCCAAUUCUCAUGGCAUGUAAAUGCACCUUGGAAUUGGUAUCACAAACAAGAGGUACUCGUUUUGUGUUUAUGGAUGAACAUUUCUUUACUGGCUACCGAAAGAAUGUUAUAGAAUUAGACGAGGUGUUGAAGUCGAUCACAAUUCCAUUCACUAAAGAGAAUGAAUACGUCUAUGGCUUCAAACAAUCUCCUCGUCGUGAAGACGACAUCGCUAUCGUUAACGCUGGAUUGAGAGUGGCUUUCGAUCACGGCACUGACGUCAUCAGUGAUAUUGCAUUGUCUUACGGAGGAAUGGCGGAAAGUUCGGUCCUUGCCACAAAUACUAUGCAGAAAUUAGUGGGAAAGAAGUGGGACGAAACAAUGUUGGAGAUAGCAUUCACAUCCCUGGCAGAAGACUUUCUUCUUCCCGCUGGAGCUCCUGGUGGGAUGGAAACUUAUCGAAAAUCGUUAGUCGUAGGAUUCUUCUUCAAGUUUUAUAUUUUGGUCCUUCAACAGCUGCAAUCUAAACAAAUGAACCUUCCUCCUGAAUUGACGUCAUCCAUCGACACGAGUGCCAUAACUGUAUUUAAAGAUGGGCCUGUUGAAGGUGUUCAAUUUUUCCAGGAAGUAUCCUCUGGCCAGCCAGACCACGAUCCUGUGGGUCGUCCUAUCAGUCACAAGGCUGCCUACCAACACGCCACGGGGGAGGCAGUAUACAUCGAUGAUAUGCCUAGAAUUUCGGGUGAACUUCACAUGGCAUUUGUCUAUAGCGGGAGAGCUCAUGCAAAGAUCAUAUCCAUCGAUCCAUCUAAUGCAUUAGCCAUGGAUAGUGUUCAUGACUUCAUAUCUGCUGAAGAUGUUCCUGGUAGUAACUUUUUAGGCCCCAUUAUUCCUGAUGAGGAAUUGUUCGCUACUAAAGAAGUGAUGCAUAUUGGCCAGAUCAUCGGGGCUGUUCUCGCUGAUACCAAGGAGCAAGCCCAACGAGCAGCCAAGGAAGUCAACGUCGAGUUCAAUGAUCUCGAGGCGGUGAUCACGAUUGAGGACGCAAUUGCAAAGGAGUCCUUCUUCGACUUCUCAAGAGUUAUUGAAAGUGGUAAUCUUUUAGAGGCUUUCGAGAAGUCUGACUACGUCAUUGAAGGAGAAUUGAAAGUUGGAGCUCAGGAACACUUCUACAUGGAAACCCAGUGCGCAUGCGUGGUACCAAAGGGGGAGGAUGGGGAGUUUGAAGUAUUCUGUGGUACUCAAAAUCCUGCGGCUGUGCCGACCUUCGUUUCUUCUGUCCUUGGAGUUCCAUGUAAUCGGAUAACCGGUCGUUUCAAGCGGUUAGGUGGUGCCUUUGGUGGAAAACAGUAUCGGUCGGCGAUUCUCGCUGCCCAAUGUGCUGUUGCUGCUAACAAGGUUGGUCGUCCAGUGCGUUUUAUGUUAGAUCGGAAUGAAGACAUGAAAUCGACAGGGACAAGACAUCCGUUCUUGGGUCGUUACACGGUCGGUUGUACCAAGGAUGGAAAACUCGUCGGUGUUGACAUCAAGAUGUUCUCCAACGCUGGCUUCUCUUAUGAUGUUUCUACUGCGGUGAUGGACAAAGCGAUUCAGUAUUUUGACAACGUAUAUCGGUUACCGGUUUUCCGGGUUGAGGGCCGAAUUUGUCGUACCAACCUCCCGUCCAACGUAGCAUUCCGUGCAUUUGGAACACCACAGGCUAUGAUCAUUACUGAAUCACUCAUGGAUGAUGUCGCAGUCAAGUGCAGGAUUCCUCAGCAUAAAGUAAGAGAGAUGAAUUUCUACCAGGAGGGUGACAUCACACCUCAAAAUCAGAAAAUCGAGGGGUUUAUGUUGCCUCGCUGUUGGGAUGAAUGCUUGACCAAAAGCAACUUCGCCAGCCGCAGGGAGGCUGUGGACAUUUUUAACAGGAAUAAUCGCUGGAAGAAGAGAGGACUUGCCAUCAUUCCUGUCAAGUACGGCGUUUCCUUUCACAUACUACACUUAAAUCAAGCCGGUGCCCUAGUCCACAUCUACACCGAUGGUUCCGUUCUUGUCACACACGGGGGCAUUGAGAUGGGCCAGGGUCUACAUACCAAGAUGAUUCAGAUUGCUGCUAGGACUCUUGGGAUACCUCAGGCAAAGAUCCACCUUACAGAAACAAACACUACUAAGGUACCGAAUGCAUCGGGAACGGGUGCCAGUACAGGGACAGAUCUCAACGGACGGGCAGUACAGAAAGCUUGUGAGACUCUGAAACAUCGACUAGAGCCAUACAUGUACGCCGACCCAAAAGGCGAUUGGAACACUUGGGUGGUAGCAGCUUAUAACGAUCGUGUAAGCUUGUCAGCAGCUGGCUUUUAUAAGAGAGACGACUUGAAUUACGAUAAAAAGAAGAACGAAGGAAAACUAUUCCCUUACAACACGUACGGUGUCGGGGUCUCCGAAGUGGAGAUCGACUGCCUUACAGGUGAUCAUCGAACUCUAAGAACCGAUAUCGUCAUGGACGUCGGAGAAAGCAUCAACCCCGCUAUCGACGUUGGUCAGAUAGAAGGUGCCUUUGUCCAGGGUUAUGGUCUCUUUGUCAUGGAGGACCUGAGAUGGUCACCUGAUGGUCAGCUCUUGACCAAUGGCCCUGGCUACUACAAAAUACCUUCGUUUGGUGACGUACCCCUGGAGUUUAACGUUACUCUACUGAAGAACUCAUCUAACCCUGCCAAUAUCUGUUCAUCGAAGGCUUGUGGGGAGCCACCCUUCUUUUUAGCCUCAUCAGUCUUUUUUGCUAUCAAGGACGCCAUGAUGUCAGCCAGAGCAGAUGAAGGUUUGACUGGUAUCUUCCGGUUAGACAGUCCCUCGGUCGCUGAAAGGAUUCGACUCGGCUGUGUGGACAAGUUCACCAAAAUGUUCCCAUCACCUGAGCCGGGUACCUUCAGACCAUUCUUCGUCCGACCAUGAAUAUACCAAGAACAACCAUCCCUCAAGAGCACGGAAGGCAUCAUAAAUAUGUAUUCGAUUGACUGGACUGCAAUUUUGAAGACCCUUUUUAUGAGUUUUGUUUUCUACAGGAUAUCCGAACAUCCAAUGCAAUAUUUGUUCAUGUAUAGAUUUCAGUGAAAAUAUUUUCCGUUGUUUUGUAGGUACUUUUCGACGAACGUAGAGGGCGUCAAGUGCUGUGCCGCUGUGCCCCAGAGCUGUGCCCUAUACGUUCGUUGAUAUUUUUGUUUUUAUAAAUUUGAAUAUUUAAUUCAAUCUGGUUAUAUGACGUAACAAUUCCAUUUCUUCGUUUAACUGAGUUAGAACUUAAGGAUAUAGAAAAUGAGAAUUCUGUUUACUUCCCACUCUGUAUAGGGUACUCAAUAUCAACAUUGUCCAGUUUUUCUUUUCUCUUGUGUGCGGAGCGGACAAACAAAACACAUACUUUUUGAUAUUUCAUUGAUAUGGUGCAUUGUUUAUAUAAAUGUUAUUUAUCAAAGCGAAUGUGUUAACGUCGGAUGUAUAUAGGCAAUCAAACUUUGUUAUUUAUAUUUUUCUAUGAAUCCAUGGUGUGUAUGGUAAAAUCCUAUACAUUAAAAAACAUGCUUAGGAUAUUUUUUUAUGCUUAUAAUACAAUGCUUUUAAAUAAAUAUAGAUACUUUAGCAUGUCUCAUUUGCAGAGUUUUUCUUUUGAGAAAAUCAUUCUAUUCAUUGCCAAAUAUACGAGGAUAAACGAAAUAGUAUAUAAAUAACAAUUUGACUUAUUACACAAUUAUAUUGAUGUAAUUUGUUGAAAUAUGUUUCGUUACAAUGGGGAGAAUCGUAAAAGAAUAUUGAAUGCACAAAAAAUGUUUUCGCGUAAAAACAAACAGCUCUACAUAUGCCUAUUUCUUAUUUGCAUUGAUUAUCAUUGUGAUAUGUGAAAUAAGUGAAUCAUUACGUUACGAUGAUGGUGUGGUCUUAUUUGUAAUAAACUUCCAAAAUGCUUUAUUAGAAAUAGAUUGCUGGGAAUAAAGCCUUUGACAAUCAAUCAUUAUGGUGAUUAAGUUUGCCGAUCAAAUUUGGAAUGUAUAAAGUAAAUUCAGAAUGAUAUGAAUAGAAUGAAAAUUGUAAUGUUGAAAGUAUAAAUGCAAUUAGUCAUUUUUAAAACCAAAACUGUCACUUGUGUGGAUUGUUUGGUAUCUUCUUAACUGACGCCUAUAUUUUCAUGUAAAUUGAUUAAAAAUUGUUAACACUGAUUUCUUGCCUGGUAACCUAAUAUAUGUCAACAUAGUCUUUUUCUACUUAGCUAGCUUUUGUAUUGGUAUUAAUUUUCCAUAUCACAACAUUAAUAAAAAUACAAAGUAAAUAGGUGUAUAUACAUAAUGAAAUAUGUAGGCCUGUCAUGAACGGUUGAAUAAACCCAACUCAGCUUUGUAAUUAUGCGAAAACAGUUCUUCCGUGUGUUCCAGGAAAUAUACAGUGUACAUUGAUUUAUUGAUUUUUUUUUUGCUGUAAAUAUUCACUACAUGAAUGUGAUCAUUUUUGUGAUAAUGUAUUUCCCAUUAUUGAAAAAAAUAAAAAUCAUGCUUACUUUUUAACGUAAAACAUUUUUUAAAAAUAUUACAGAAUUGUUGGUAUUGCUAUCGGAUGGAUUAAAACUAAAUUUAUCUUAAUAACAAUAGAAGAAGCCGGGUUUGAAGAUUUAUAUGGGUGUUUUCCUCUUGACCCCCUGCCACCCCCUUUUGCUGACUAUCGAGAAAAAAUGAAUCCGAAUCCAGAGAAGUCUUAUGGCGGUCCUGGGGGGGGGGGGGGGCAUCCAAUGAAUAACAAAAAAAAACUUCCAAUAGAUCAGUAUGCAAUGGGACAGGUGCGUUGCUAUAUCCUUUGUUAGUCAAGAGAAAGUCAUUCAACUUUUGUCUGUACAGAUGAUGGCAUUUUAUUCUGAGUAAAGAAACUAUUAGUCGAUGGA